AUGUUUGGAUCGCAGGGCUACCGUCCGCCAAUGGCCCUCUGCGAGCGCAAGCUCAAUCAAAUGAAAGGUCGUGUUUUCAACUUACAAAUUGCUACGAACAGUCCCGUGGAUCCCAUCGCAGAAGAUGCCUUCCAAUCUAUGCUCGACAACUCAAUGGUCAGCACCUUUGGACAGUCGACCAUCCUGGAUCGAUUCCGCACAGUCAUUGGCGUGUUUAACUACAUCAACCAUCCGUCUGCGCGGACAAUUCUCAACCGGAACAUUAGGGACAUGAGAACCGCGUUGAUAGAGAUUGGGGGUGCUGUUCCGCAGCUGAAUCCGGCUGUUGCCCUGUUUGACGAGUUCGUUCCGGCGUGGUAUCAAUAUGCUGCGAGACUGAGGCGCGACUGGCUUAGGAGACUUCUGACAGCGACGCGGGAUAGGGUCAAUGAUGAGAUCCGUGUGGGAAAUAGAGUUCCUGGUGCUCAGCAGUUUAUUGCCGAUAUUAAUUACCUCAUCAGCCGGCUUGAUGACAUGGUAGCGCCGCCAAUUGAGCGUACUUAG